AUGAAAUCCUCUCAAUUAUUCUUUAUCAUAUUUGGUCUUUUGGCCUUUACGUCGAUUAAUUCUCCCGUAUUGGCUAAUAACUAUGGUUUAGAUGUGAAAUGUGAAAGCGCCGGCACAAAUCUAUGGGAUAUGGAAUUUAGUUGGACUUCUCAAGAAACUGUUGCUCAACAAGAUGACCAAAUUGAACAACAACAAGAACAAAAAGAUUCAAAAGAUUCAAAAGAUUCGAAAGAAGUUUGGGAUUCAAAAAAUUAUCGGGAUGGUAAAGGGAAAAAUAAUAAAGAUGAUAAAAAUGUCGUAGUUCUCAUCGUCUGCAAAAAUCUUGGAUAUUACGAUUCAGUGUACGGAAAAUAUAGAGAUGGAAAAAUAAAGUACAAUAUGUACGGACGUAAAUCUUGGAAAAAUUGGUUUGGUCACGAUUCUUGGAAGCGUACCAAUGACAAAUAUUACGAUGGUGAUAAUUAUUUCGGUGACAAUCAAGAUGAUUACGAUAGCUGUCGUAAUGAUGACUAUCGUGGUGGUGAUUAUGGUAAUGACUAUAACAACAAUAACGAUGGUUACAAAAAGGAGGGUGAAAACGAUGGUUACAAAAAGGAGGGUAAAAACGAUGGUUACAAAAAGGAGGGUAAAAACGAUG